AUGUCGAAUGCAGCCAUGUCUAGUCGAUGUCAAUAUUGUGAUGCACGAAAUCCUAGCGAAAGUCAUGAUUCCAGUUUCAUGACUGAUCGGAACCAGAACAACUGGUGGCAAUCUGAAACAAUGGAUGAAAAUCCAAAUCUUCAUUUCAACGAAUCCGUAACACUUACGAUCGAUUUGGGCACCAAGUUCUACGUCAACUAUGUGUAUUUGCAAUUCAAGUCACCACGACCGCAUGCAAUGGUAAUCUACAAGAAGACGGACGACCAGUCGCCUUGGACUCCGUGGGCUUACUUCUCUAGCAACUGCUUGACCUACUUCAACAUGACCUACGAGGCGAUGCCGACUUUCACUAGGCCUGAUGAGGCUAUUUGUCGGGAGGAGUAUUCAACCCUCCAGCCCCUCUACGACGGCGAGGUCAUCUUCUCCGUCAUCAAUGGACGUCCGGGAACAGACGACUUCUUCAACACACCUGCUCUUCAGGAAUGGAGUACGGCCAGUCAAAUCAAGGUGGAGUUGCAGAAGAUGCACACUUUUGGUGAUGAAGCCAAUGCCGAGCGAGAUACCCUACUCACCUACUACUUUGCUAUUCGAAAGCUCACUGUAGGUGGUCGAUGCAUGUGCAACGGUCACGGUAAUGACUGCCGUCCAAUUGGUGGUUACGGUCCGAAUCCCAAAUUGGUGUGUGUUUGCAAUCCUGCUCAUCACACAGCCGGUGACAACUGUGAACGCUGCGCCCCUGGUUAUAUGGAUGCGCCUUGGCAACCAGCCACGCCUGGAAAUCCUCACGCCUGCAAAGGUGAUCAAGUGGCUUUUAGUGCUUUGAACUCUUAA